AUGGAGAUCCAUCGGUCCCAGGACGCGACGUCCACGGCCGAUGAUUCGGACCAUUUCGAAAGUACGCGUCGUUUGUCUUUUUCGAGCCUGCGUCGCAUGGUGGCAAUGCACUUAUGUAUCUCUUGGCCGCCUCUUAAGGCAACCGGCCGAGAGACCAAGGACGUAUCAGCGACCGAUGCGCUGACCUACAGACUUUGCGCUUGGCACCGUAUGUUGCUACGGCUGAGAGCGACUCAUUGGUGUGAACGGCUCAUUGCCAUGGAAGGCGAUAUCAGGAUCAACGCUUUCAAGUUUGUCGCAUAUUCGGCAGUGGCUUUCAGCAUUGUUUCCGUGUUAAGCGUUUGUGUCAGUUUGCCUGUCGUCUAUAACUAUGUGCGCCAUGUUCGGCAGCAAAUGAACAGCGAACUGAGGUUCUGCAAAGGCUCAGCCGACGACAUCCUGCACGAACUGAAGGUGUUGAGGAAGCCAAGUGGCGGGACAGCGCGCAACCGAACUCGAAGAUCGUCCAGUCUCGAUCGCGUUUUUCACGAUCAACUCAGUAAUGGCACAGACAGAGAAUUUCAGAAAACCUGCGAAGGUUGCUGCUUGCCAGGCCCUGCCGGACCUCCUGGGCCUCCUGGCAAGCCUGGGAAACCUGGCCGGCCGGGAAUACCAGGAUUACCUGGUCCUCCUGGAGUAACUCCGAUUGCUCCGUGCGAAACAGUGACGCCUCCACCUUGCAAGCCAUGCCCAGCCGGCCCACCAGGUCCGCGUGGACCACCGGGGCCGCCAGGUAAGUUUCAGUGA